AUGGCGCCAAAGAAGAAGGGAAACAAAAAACAGCAGGAGGAGGACUGGGAGGCAGAACUCGGCGAGAGCAUCCCUGCCGCGGGAGGUGAAAGCCCGGAUCAGGAAUCUCCUGCUGCUGAGGCAGAGGAGAGCGAGACAGCCGGUGCCGGUGGUCUGCUCGCUGCUCUGAGGAAGAACAAGAACAAGAAGCAGAAGAAGGGGAAGCCCAUGAACGACUUUGUUGAGGGUGAGGAUGCUUCUGCGGAAGCGAAUGGUGAGGCAGAUCUCGCUAGCAAACAACCUGAGGAGGGCACCUUUGACGAGGACGAUGUCUUUGCUGGAAAGCCCAAGAAGCCUAUCAAGACUGCGGCACCUGCGCCGAAAGAGGAUGAAGAUGACGAUUCUGGACCUCGUGUGAAGACAAAGAAGGAGAAAGAGAGGGAAAAGAAGGAGAGAGAGAAGCAGCGAAAGAAGGAACAAGCCGCCAAGAAGAAGACUACCGAACCCAAACAGCCCCAACAAGCGAAGCCGGAACCGAAGAAGGAAGAAGUGGCCGCCCCAGAGCCUGUCGCUGCUGCUCCUGAGCCUGCUACUGGGGGCAAGAAGAAGAAGCUGCCGGCCCAUCUGGCUGCUAUUCAGAAGCAACAGGAAGCUCUCCGGAAACAACGUGAGGAGGAAGAGCGCCGCCUAGCGGAAGAAAAGGCUGCUGAGGAGGAGAAGCGACUCCGUGACGAAGAAGAGGCUAAAAAGAAGGAAGAAGCUCGCCAAAGAAAGAAGGAGAAGGAGAAGGAGAAGAAAGAGCAACUCAAAAGAGAAGGAAAGCUUCUUACCAAGGCCCAGAAGGAAGCAAAGGAGCGAAAUGAACUCCGUAUGAAGCAAAUGCUUGCUGCGGGUGUUGGAAAGGUUGCCGGCCUGGAAGAAGGCGCUGCCGAGAAGAAGCGUCCCGUGUAUGAAAACCGAAAGAAGAAGGGCCCCAAGAAGCACGAGGAGGACUUAGAGGCCGCUGCUGCUCGUGCCAAGGCGCAGCGUGAGGCUGAGGAUGAGCGGCGAAGAAAGGAAGAAGAAGAGAGGAAGGCCAAGGCUGAGGCUGAGGCGGCGGCCGCUGCCGCUGCCGCUGCUGCCGGUGAAGAGAGCGAUCUUGACGACUGGGAGAAGGCUGCGGAUGCCGACGAUGAUGUCAAAGACAGCUGGGAUGCACCUAGUGACGAGGAAGAGACAGAGAAGCCCGCCGCCGCUAAUGGCGAGACAAAGACGCUGCCGGAGAGACCUAAGCCCGCCACCGACGAGGAGUCGGAAGAAGAGUCUUCAGAAGAGGACUCUGACGAGGACUCUGAAGACGAAGAGCAGACCGCCGCUCAGAAGGCUAUUGCCCAAAGGAAGGCUGAGGCUGCUGAGCGAAGAAGGAAGCAGCACGAGGAAGCUAUGGCAGCUCGUUCAAAGGAUAACCUACGCUCUCCUAUUUGCUGUAUUCUUGGACACGUCGAUACUGGUAAGACAAAACUGCUGGAUAAGAUUCGACAGACAAACGUCCAAGAAGGCGAAGCCGGUGGUAUCACCCAACAGAUUGGUGCCACUUACUUCCCAGUCGACGCUCUGCGCCAGAAGACCAAUGUCGUGAACAAGGACGGGAGCUUCGAAUUCAAGAUCCCCGGUCUGCUUGUCAUUGAUACCCCCGGUCACGAGUCUUUCUCCAACUUGCGAUCAAGAGGUUCCUCCCUUUGCAACAUUGCUAUCCUAGUUGUCGACAUUAUGCACGGCCUUGAGCCCCAGACUCUUGAGUCCAUGCGCCUGCUUCGUGACCGACGCACUCCCUUCAUCGUUGCCCUGAACAAGAUCGAUCGUCUCUACGGCUGGAAGAAGAUUGACAACAACGGCUUCCAGGAGAGUUUGGCGAUGCAGAGCAAGGGUGUCCAGAACGAGUUCCGUUCGCGUCUUGAGCGCACGAAGCUUCUUUUCGCCGAGCAAGGUUUCAACGCUGAGCUCUUCAGCGAGAACAAGUCCAUGGCUCGCAACGUCUCCCUCGUCCCUACGUCAGCCCAUACCGGUGAAGGUAUUCCCGACAUGCUGAAGCUGCUCACUACCCUCUCUCAGGAGCGUAUGACCAACUCUCUCAUGUACUUGUCUGAGGUUGAGUGUACCGUUCUCGAAGUCAAGGUUAUUGAGGGUCUCGGUACCACCAUUGAUGUUGUUCUUUCCAACGGUAUCCUCCGCGAAGGUGAUCGGAUAGUGCUGUGCGGUCUCAACGGACCUAUAUCAACGAAUAUCCGUGCGCUACUCACACCGGCUCCUCUUAAGGAACUUCGUCUCAAGUCGCAAUACGUUCACAACAAGGAAGUCAAGGCCGCUCUCGGUGUCAAGAUUGCAGCCAACGACCUUGAACAAGCCAUUGCCGGUUCUCGACUUCUUGUCGUCGGACCCGAUGAUGACGAGGAGGACCUUGAGGAAGAAGUCAUGUCUGAUCUGGAGAACCUGCUCAGCAAGGUCUCCAAGGACAUGCGCGGUGUCAGUGUCCAGGCCUCCACCCUUGGUUCCCUGGAAGCUCUGCUCGAGUUCCUCCGUGUCUCCAAGAUCCCCGUCGCCAACAUCUCCAUCGGUCCCGUCUAUAAGCGUGAUGUGAUGAUGUGUGGUACAAUGCUGGAAAAGGCCAAGGAGUAUGCGGUCAUGCUGUGCUUCGAUGUCAAGGUCGACAAGGAAGCCGCGGCCUACGCCGAGGACGUCGGAGUCAAGAUAUUUACUGCAGACAUCAUCUACCACCUGUUCGACGACUUCACCAAGCACAUGGCAGAGCUUACCGAGCGCAAAAAGGAAGAAGCCAAGCUCCUUGCCGUCUUCCCCUGUGUUCUCAAGACCGUUGCCGUCUUCAACAAGAAGGACCCCAUUGUCAUCGGUGUUGAUGUCGCCGAGGGCAGUCUGCGGCUGCACACCCCCAUCUCCGCCGUCAAGACCAACCCCACAACAGGUGCUAAGGAAUUUGUCGAGCUCGGCAGAGUUUCGGGCAUUGAGCGCGACCACAAGGCCAUCCAGGUCUGCAAACGCGGCCAACCCUCCGUUGCCGUCAAGAUUGAAGGCUCCAACCAGCCCAUGUACGGCCGCCAGCUUGAAGAAACCGACACGCUGUACUCUCACAUCUCCCGUGCCAGUAUCGACACACUCAAGGAAUUCUACCGUGCCGACGUCUCCAUGGAAGAAUGGGCCCUCGUCAAGAAGCUCAAGCCCCUCUUCGAUAUUCCUUGA